CUCUUCGACAUUUGCGCACAUAUACAGCUCGCGUCAACCAAACACUCUUGCGGUUAUCGCCAAUUCAAUCCUCCAUUAACGGUCGAGAUUAAACACCUAUCCACCAUGGCGUUCGAGGGUCGAUAUGGUACCGGUUUGCUGGUCGCACAGGCAAUUGGCAUUACGACGAGCACGUUUCUCUUCGGCGAAAACAUGGCACUGUCAUUUAUCAGUGUGCCUCCUCUUUUCCAAGCCCCAGCACCUCUCGCAGCACGCCAAUGGCAUCAGCUGUAUGAUAUCGCGAAAUCAUUCGCCCUGCCCCUCACGGCUGUAGCUACCUUGAGCACGGCGUUUGUUGCUUUCAAUCAAACGCGAUCCUCUCUAGCUUUCAAGCUCAAUGUCGCUGCGACUGUCCUUUUCCCUGCGAUCGUUCCUUAUACUCUUUUCGUCAUCGGUCCGGUCAACAAUAAGCUAUUUGAAAAAGAAAAGCAGUAUGCGAGUGCUUCUCUGGAAGACAAGGCUAUCGAAGCUGGUGUUGUGAAAGAAGAGACCGUGAAUGCACUGAUUGACAGAUGGGCUUUGUUGAAUGUGCCUAGAGCUUCGAUUACAGGAAUCGGCGCAAUCUUGUCGAUUUUGGCGGCACUUUUGUAG